AUGUUUUUCUUUUUCUUUGGUGGUCUUGCUCCAAAACUCAAGCGCCUACCAACCUCUCUUUCAGCACGCUGUCCAAAUUGCUUGGACCGUACUCCAACAAUGCAUCAAUAUCUCUCGGAACAAGAACUCACAAUCUUUUUCAUGCCAAUCGCGUCAUUCGGCAAAAAAACGUUAUGGGUUUGCGAGAAUUGUCAUUGGACUGAGAAAAAUCGUCCGGAUGAGGAAAGAAUUCGACAGAUUGAGCAAGAAGAAAUGACUCAACAACCUGCGCCUUUACCUACUUGGGGAAUUCGGACGUGUCCUUCUUGUCAAAAGGAAAUUAAUGUGUCAGGUCGAUUUCGAUUCUGUCCGUAUUGUGGAAAUGAGAUUCAACGAUAA